CAACUGUAAUGGCCAACCAUGGGAAAGUGGUGCACACUCGCCUGCCAUUGGAGACACCUGGAGAGCAGAAUAUUUAACCCAAGGUCAGAGCUGGCGCCCAGCAGGCUCAGGAAGAGAAUAUUCUCAAGGAUCAGGAAAGCAGCCAGUGGAGUGGAUUGGAAGGAGAACUUUGCAGGCCUACAGCAUGGGUGCAGCAGCCAUUGCUGGGUUUCUCCUUGCAGAGGAGGAGGAGGAAGAGGAGCAGCAGCAGCAGCAACAGAGGCAGACAGUCCAGGAACGCCGAGGGCACAGGAGGAUAACCACACGCCGAACCAACUACCCCAGGCACAGGGUGUUUCGGAACAGAGUCAGUUACUUAGGCUUGACGGAAGAGCAGUGCCUGAAGAGGCUCCGGCUCAGCAGGGAGGCUGUGACUGAGGUCUGUCGCUUGGUCCAAGGCGACCUACAUGGGGAAUCGAUCAUUCGCACCGCGCUGCCAGUGGCGGUGAAGGUCACUGCUGCCCUUAACUUCUAUGCCACAGGGACUUUCCAAGCACCCACAGCAAACAUCACUGGGAUCAGCCAGUUUGCUGUGUACCGUUCCAUUAAGGAGGUCACUGAUGCACUGGUUCGACAUGCACCCACCUACCUAAACUUCAGGACUGAUGAAGAGCAGCAGCGACAACGGUACUUUUUCGCCAUUGCUGGCUUCCCCAAGGUGCAGGGCAUCAUUGAUUGUAUGCAAGUAGCCAUUUGUGCACCUAAUAACAAUCCUAUGGCCUACCUGAAUGCAGAAGGCUAUUACUCCCUCAAUGUCCAAAUUAUAUGUGAUCAUCGCCAGAAAAUAAUGAAUGUCAAUGCAUGCUUCCCAGGAGGCAUGCAUGAUUUUUACAUUCUGAAGCAAUCUGAGGUUCCCUUGAUCUUUGAAGGGGAGGGAAAGCUAAAUGGAUGGCUCCUUGGAGAUCUUGGCUAUGUGCUGCAACCAUGGCUGAUGACACCACUGCAUAACCCUUUCACCGCAGCAGAGAACAGAUACAAUGUUGUACACGCACAAACCAGAGUAAUCAUAAAACAGACAUUUGGACUGCUGAAGAAACGCUUCAGGUGUUUGGAUCGAUCAGGGGGAGCCUUGCGAUACGCCCCAGAAAAAGUCAGCAAAAUUGUAACGGUAUGCUGCAUGCUACACAAUAUUGCCAUGGACAGUGGCCUUUCCCUGGAUUUAGAUGAGCUUCAACCCAUUGAAGAUGAGGAGGAUCAUGGUCCACAGCAGCCACCAGCACUGGAUCAGCCACUACAGGGAGCAAGACAGAUGCGUGAGGAAAUCAUCGCUCAGUUCUUCAGCAGUUGAGGACUAAUGCUGUUCUUCGGGCAGAUUUAUAAUCGGACUUGGCUCUUGUUUUACUUUUGCAUUUUUGAUGUACAACAGUUUUUGAUAUCUUUGCUACUUUUGUCACUUCUGUUCUGCACAAUAAAACA